AACGUCAGUAAAGGCUGUAGGUCAAUCCUUGCGGGUGCUUUUAUUGGAUGUGCCGCUGUCAAGCAGCGGCGAAGAAAUGGAAGGGCAAACGCCAGGCAAGGCAGGGAAAAGACAAGCCUAAAAACGAGCUCGAUGUGGCGGCUUCAUUCUCGCUCGUCCCCUUUAAUCAUCCCGCACCGAAAACUUGCCUAAUAAUACUGCCUUAUUUUGUGAGGGGGCGGGGGAGCACUAUCCAGACGGUGGUAUGUUCGUCAUUUUUACAAUUUGACAGCUUCUAGAUACAUCCUCCUUUUUUCCUCCAACGCCACCGCCAGCGGAAUGAGAGAACACCGAGGAGUCUGGCGACACUGCGCCCGGGUUGUGUUCAUCCUAAAGCGGGUAGCGGAUGCCUGAACGCCGGCUGUCCCCUCCGCGUCCUCCACUGGUCAAUUCCAUUCCGGAGCUGAUACAUGGGGAGUCGCGUUGGGUUCCACUGGGAAUGCUUUGACACAAGUGUCCACAUGAAUGCCGUGCAGUGUGAAUAUUGCAGCCUGUUGAGGAUGAGGAGGAGGAUGAUUGUCGGCUCAGGGUUGGAACAAAACGUGGUGACAACGCGUACCCGGGCCGCCCUCAGCUGAAGUGGGCCAGCAGAUUCCUCACGAUCAACCUUUAAUUCGUAUUUUUUGGAUGGCGCCAGCGUGGAUAAUGACGACUACUAAGGCAAGAUUGCAGAGCAGAAAUGGAUAAAACUGUUGCAUGAGGCUGCACUAUAUGUGUGUUUGAAUGUGUGUGUUUGGGGGGUGCGCGCGCGCGUGUUUGUGUGUGUGAAUGUGUGCUCAGGCCUACUUGAUGACUGAAGUUGAGCACAAAAAAGCAACAUGAAAAAUGGUGAUGUGGUACGACCGACCAGAGGAGCCUUGAGGAAUCUAACAAGGCCUGCUGAACUCUGACCUAACUUUUUCCCAGCCGCCAUACGAGGACUCCUGCUUUGAUACUAGACCACCAAUUAAGUUCAUGUGAACAACAAGAGGGAGGAAAUCGGCUUCCUCAUCUCCUGGAGGGGGCUGAGAGGAGAAAAGUGAUUAUUCAUGCCUCUUUUUAGAGGAAUUGCAAAACUGUCUGUGUUGUGGCCCAGAUGACAUAUAACUAUUUAUAUAUUUAAAGAGAGACUGGACAUUUUGUGUCACCAAAAACAAAAAGUGAGCAAAUGACACUCUGGUGGCCCUCAAAGUAAAGCACUUGCACACACAAAAAGGAGAGAGAAAAGAAGGCUGAAGUGGACUGAAGCAUGGGCUGUGCUUCAAGUAUUCAUAUCUCUGAUAGGGUGGUCUACCACAGUGGAAAAGAGUCUGAGGAUUCCCACUCGCCCCAGCAGACGAACACCACUCAGCAUCAAGGAAAUCCUGUCUCGGGACUACCCCUCAAACCUCUGAGCUGCAAGACUACAUUAACAGAGGUGCAAUUUGGACCAAUGAAGUUAUUUAAAGACCCACUUCAGGUACUUUUAGUUUUUGCCAAAGAGGACAGUCAGAGUAAUGGCUUCUGCUGGGCUUGUGAGAAGGCCAACUACAGGUGCAGCAUGGCACGCACGCCUGAGUCGGCACUCGAAUGCUUCGCCGAGAAGCUCCACGACCUCGUCAUCAUUGACCACAGACAUUCCAGACACUUUGACGCUGAAGCACUAUGCCGGUCAAUGAGAGCGGUCAGCUCUUCAGAAAACACUGUGAUAGUCGCUGUUGUCAAGAGGCCAGACAGGGAAGAAGCCUCUGUGUUGCCCUUGAUUAACGCCGGCUUUAAUAGGAGAUAUGUGGAGAAUGCCAAUAUGAUGGCCUGCUAUAAUGAGCUGCUGCAGCUGGAGCACGGAGAGGUGCUUGCACAGUUCAAACUGAGGGCUGGAAAUGCUAUUUUCACAGCCCUAGAACAAAGCCAAGAGGCCAUAGAGAUCACGUCUGAAGAUCAAGUAAUUCAGUAUGUAAAUCCUGCCUACGAGUCCAUCAUGGGCUACCAACAAGGUGAGCUCAUAGGAAAGGAAAUAAUAGAAGUGCCUAAAAGUGAGAAGAAUAAGCCUGAUCUCCUUGAAACAAUAAACUCCUGCAUCCGGAAAGGGAAGGAGUGGCAGGGGAUUUAUUAUGCCAAAAAGAAAAAUGGAGACAGCAUCCAGCAAAAUGUGAAGAUCACACCUGUAACUGGACAGGGAGGAAAAAUAAGACACUACGUGUCUAUCAACAGGCCUUUAAAUGAUAAUAAUAAGACUGAUAAAUCAAGUGAACGAGUGCAAGCAGAGUCGCAAACAGACAUCCAAUCCAGUAAGCACAAAGACCGAAGGAAAGGCUCUCUGGAUGUGAGAUCCACAACAUCUCGGGGGAGCGACGGGAGCUCACAGCGAAGGCACUCCUCAAUGGCCAGAAUCCACUCCAUGACGAUAGAGGCUCCCAUCACUAAGGUGAUAAACAUCAUCAACGCAGCACAGGAGAGUAGCCCCAUGCCUGUUGCAGAGGCCUUGGAUCGGGUACUGGAGAUCCUACGGACAACAGAGCUCUACUCCCCACAGCUGGGCACCAAGGAUGAAGACCCCCACACAAAUGACCUUGUUGGAGGACUGAUGACGGACGGUCUACGCAGAUUGUCAGGAAAUGAAUACAUCUUCUCCACAAAACAUCCCCAUCACAUCCCUAGUCACUUGGCCACUCCUCUUUCGUUAAAUGACAUCCCUCCUCGGAUAGCUCAGACCAUGGAGAGUGAGGACUCUUGGGACUUUGACAUUUUCAACUUAGAAGCUGCAACCAUAAAACGGCCUUUGACUUUCUUGGGUCUAAAGAUCUUCUCCCGUUUUGGGGUUUGUGAGUACCUCAACUGCGCCGAGGCCACUUUGCGUUCCUGGCUGCAAGUGGUUGAAGCCAACUACCACUCUAGUAACUCCUACCACAACUCUUCCCACGCGGCCGACGUCCUGCAUGCAACUGCAUAUUUCCUGUGCAAGGAGAGAGUUAAGCAAAGUUUAGAUCCCAUCGACGAAGUUGCCGCAUUGAUAGCCGCCACCGUGCACGAUGUGGACCACCCGGGCCGCACCAACAGCUUCUUGUGCAACGCGGGAAGUGAGCUGGCCAUCCUGUACAACGACACUGCCGUGCUGGAGAGCCACCACGCGGCGCUCGCUUUCCAGAUCACAACCCGGGAUGAUAAGUGCAACAUAUUUAAAAACAUGGAAAGGAAUGAGUAUCGAACACUACGGCAGGCGAUCAUUGACAUGGUGCUCGCCACAGAGAUGACCAAACAUUUUGAACACGUCAACAAAUUUGUCAACAGCAUCAACAAGCCACUGGCUGCUCUGGAGGAGAAUGGGGGAAAUAAUGACGAGGAGUCUGUGAAGAGCAUUUUGACGUCACCUGAGAAUCGCAUCCUUGUCAAGCGAAUGCUUAUUAAAUGUGCCGAUAUCUCCAAUCCGUGCAGGCCUCUGGAGCUAUAUAUAGAAUGGGCCGGACGCAUUUCAGAAGAGUAUUUUGCACAGACGGACGAGGAGAAGAGGCAAGGCCUUCCAGUGGUCAUGCCUGUCUUUGACAGAAACACUUGUAGCAUCCCAAAGUCCCAGAUUUCUUUUAUAGACUACUUCAUCACGGACAUGUUUGAUGCUUGGGACGCUUUUGCAGACCUCCCCAACCUUAUGCAGCACUUGGACAACAACUUCAAGUACUGGAAAGGCCUGGAUGAACGAAAGCUGCACAGCCUGCGACCGCCUCCAGAGUAGGCACUGCCCUCCCCACUGUUCAUGUUGUAUACGUGCGUACAGAAAACGCAGUCCUCCACAGUGACGUUCUGACCGGCGGCUGCAGCACCGACAUUGUCCGAGGAGAACUGUGGAGAAAAACAAAAACAGACACUGACACACAAAAGCCCCCUCUGGAACUCGUCACGCCUCCCGGGCAUUUUGCAGCGUAGCCAGUCACGACUGGAGAAGGGUUACGAACAGGGCUCUUGGAUGGGCCUCCGUUCCAUAUGUACCACUCGGGCUCUUCUGCCAGCCUUUGAAGCUGACCUUGCUGUUUGAGGAGAAACUGCUUGCUUACUGAAGGAGGCAGCAACACUGGAGAAGAGAAUGGAAACGUGGUGCGAAUAUUGGAAAGUGUUCAGUACGAGUCAGGUCAUAGAAUCGCCUUUAUCAUUCACUCAACAAGGCAGGACUGCUCAUUCUGCCCCUGAUGUAUAAGAAAUAACACUUUUUCUUUCCCUCAGUAAUUGUCUAUGUAUUUCCAUGUGUCCUACAACAAGACAUCAAAGUGGCAUACACUAAGUGGCACGUGGGAGGAGACAUUGCGAUCCUAAACGAAAGCGAAAUGUUAGGUUAAACAGUACCUUACUUGUUUAGACGUUUCCAAAUUAAAUAUUCUAAUUGAACGUGUUGGUAAAUGAGAGAAAAAAGCCAAAGCUAAUAAAUUCAGAUACUACUAUAGCACUCACUAUUAUUCAUAUGAAGCAUUUACCGUAUUAAAAAUGUUUAUUUUCUUAUCAAAAGUACAGUACCAGUUCAAGACUUUUGUAUUGCACUGUAAACCAUAUUCCAAGUCCACAUCUCGACGGGUGGGUUGUUGCAUUGAAGAAUAAGCUCUUCUCGUUGAUCAUCAGGAAUUGUGGUGCGGACGCAAUCGUCGUUGCAACAAUCCCUCACGCUUGGCUUCAUGCUGUAAACCGCUUGACAUUUUACAACAGCAGAAAUAUGUGACACAUUUAGGACUUGAAUUUUUUUUUUUCUCACUGAAGUUUUUGUAUCUGGUUUAUCCUACUGAAAAGACUGCCUUAUUUUAUACAAUAUUUAUACAGUACAUCCCACUGUGCAACUGCAAGAGACAUCUGGAGUUUUUAUUAUAACAUAGUCAGGUUAUGUUCAAAUAAAUCUCAAUAUUUUUAUAGACUUUUACACUGGAUUUGCAGCAAAUGAGAUCAAGCAUUAAAGCGGUCUGAGUACCUGUGAAUUUGGUGGUCACGCAGAGGAUGUGUAUAGAAAACGAAAUCACACAAUUGUCUAUCACUGUUUUGGAGCAGCUCACAUUGAUUUCAAUCAGCGUCAUUCUAUUUUGGUCACUUGUCCAACAUCCUCCUGAGCAGAUUUCAACUUCAAGGUCGGGUUCAGAUUGAUUACUAAUAAUAAUAUGUCAAAAAGAUUGUUGCUGAUGAAGAAUAUUUCCUUGUUAAACAGUAUAUAAAUGCCAUAGACAAAUAAUGGUUUGUCAGAAAAAUGCAGUUAACUUUGUAUGUUAGUUUAUCUCUAAUGACACAACUGUACACUCAAUCAGGAGACCUGUUUCUUCCUUCUGAUUUACAUCAUGGUUUGAGGGCACGGAGGAGAAAAAAAUAGAAUUUAUUCAAUGAAAAAUAAAAAAAUAUUCAACAUCUGUGCCUCUUCCCACUCAUGUUAUUGCCUCUUCCAGUUAUAAUUUGCCGGAAGUUAUUUCUGUGACAGCAAACUUAUUGUCAGGAGACAGACCUCAAAUUUUCACGCUGGGACACGAGGCACAAAUGUUUCUCUCAUGACUCUGACUUUAAAUACCAAAUGCUGAUCACC